UUGGUACAGAAGAUAGUGCUGCAAAAGAGGGGACAGCAGUGACUGGUACAGAGAUUAAUGCUGACACAGAGGAGACAGCAGAGACUGACAUAGAAGAUAGUGCUGUGAAACAGGGGAUAGCAGUGACUGGUACAGAGGAUAGUGUUGAAGAGGAGAAGACAGCAGUGACUGGUGCAGAGGAUAGUGUUGCAAAAGAGGGGACAGCAGUGACUGGUACAGGGGAUAUUGCUGAUAAGCAAGGGACAACAGUGACUGAUACAGAGGAUAGUAUUGAAGAGCAGAAGACAGCAAUUUCUGAUACAGAGGAUAGUGCUGACAAGCAGGAAACAGCAGUGACUGGUACAGAGGAUAUUGCUGACAAGCAGAAGACAGCAGAGACUGGUACAAAGGAUAGUGCUGAGGAGGAAGAUUUGGUUGCACACAAGGAAGAUGAUGACAUGCCAUCAUUUGAUGAGUGGAAGAAAAGAAUGCUAGAACAAGAAGAGAGGGAAAAAAAGCAGAAUUCCAAUGGUCAGUCAGGACAAUCCAAAGUGUCGACUCAGGGCCUGAAGACCCAGAAGGGCAGACAUAACUAUGGAUCAGUGGAGUGUGGAGCCAAGAUCCUGUCUGCUAACAGAGAAAUGCAACACUCAUCUUCUGUGCUAGUGGAAAACAAGGACAUGUACAUGUUGAACCCCUGUAGCGCCAAGAUUUGGUUUAUAGUAGAGCUUUGUGAACCCAUUCAGCUGAAGCAGAUCGACAUCGCCAACUUUGAACUUUUCUCCUCCGUGCCAGAGUCUUUUAAGGUCUCAACGUCAGAAAGGUACCCCGCCCGAGAGUGGCAACUCCUUGGUACAUUCCACAUGGCGAAUGAGAGAUCCAUCCAGUCUUUUCCACUGGAUGAAAAACUCUUCAACAAGUACCUGAAGGUGGAAAUGUUGUCUCACUACGGCAGUGAACAUUACUGUCCUUUGAGCUUGUUUAGAGUGUUUGGUACCAGUAUGGAAGAGGAGAUAGAGGAAACAGAGCAGCACCCUGAAAGUGUUGUGGAUCCGGAGGACGAGUUGUUCCCAGAUGAGUCCAUUCCACUGUCCCCUGACUCCAACCUGUUCGGCAGUGCUAAAGAUGCAGUUUUGAAUAUUGUGAAGCAAGCUGCCAAGGUAUUUACAGGUCCCUCAGACGGCAUGGCCUCUACAGAACCCCAUGAAGCAAAAGGACAAGUAUCAGUGGAGAACACUUUCCUUGAACCAACCCUUGAGUAUCCAGAACCUUGUCUGGACAUUAACAGAACAGUGAAUGUGUCAGUGCCAGACCACGAUGGUUCAGGGAAGGAGAGCAGAAACAUCCAGCCUACUCCUACCAGCACCGCACACUCUACAGUCAAACACACAGUGACAUCUGAGGACCAAACACCACCAUUGUCUUCUCUGCCACUGGAUCCCUCCCCACAAGAAACCCACUCUGUUCAAGAUCAAAAGUCCAUCCAACCAACUGUCAGCCUUGUAGCCAGCACUCAGGAAGGAAGGGUGGAUCCCGACCAUGAGAAGUCAUCAGAAGGGAUUGUCACCCUGGUGGAGUCUGGUAUUGUGGAGGGCAGCACGCUAGGGGAGAGACAGUGGACAAACAUCCAACAGUGUCCGACUUGUAGUGAGCUGGAGACUGUACAGAAGUGUCAGGGGAACCCUCGGUGUCUGUUCCACCAACUCAUCCUUCAAACUUCAUGUGAAGAAGAGCAGAAGAUCGCCACACCUCCGGCAGAUAAGUUGGUCAUUGCCACAGAUGUACAAGACGAUGAGGGAAGAUCAGAUGAUGUUGAACUUGGCAAGACUGACAAAGACGAGGACAUCAACGUUCAAUCAAAACAGAGGGUGAAAAUUGAUCCUCCUGCUACUGCUGGUACAGACCAGGUCUUGAGUACUGACAGGGAUGAUAAGGGUUUGCUUCCUGUAGUCUCAGACAAUGACACUGUGGCUGACACAAGUACAGACAUGUCUGCCACAUCUCCCACCUUACAGCAUGGGGAGGACAGCAACCCAGCAGGUUCUAUAGAUGGGGAGGAGAAGCUGAAGCCUGAUCAGCUCCCCACUAGCAGCACUGUGUCUCCACUGGAGGGGAGUGAGAGAACCUCAGCUGUGCUGGAGGGGGUGGGGGGCCCUGACAUCGCUACAUCCACUACUGAUGGUGCGGAAACCCCGCCAGCUGACAGUGCUUCGAGUCCCACUGAGUCAGAAACUUCUGGAAGUGUAUCUGCUGCUGGUUCCAAUCACAAUGGUGGGAAAAAGCAAACUCAUGAUAAAGCCAGUAGUGCACAGGUUGAAGGUAACGCACAGGUAAAAGAUGAUAUCGUCACAAGUUCAAGCCAAGAUCCUCAGGACUCCAGCCCACCUGAGCCGACCCCUGCCGUUGAACAGAAUGGAAGUGCGGACGGUCUGGACAAGCAGGCUAAGAACUCGUCAGACUUCUAUGCUGAGAAGAAUGAGAACGGCACGAGCUCCCAGCACAUUUCCCACGGAGGGCACACAGGCAAGGAGUCUGUGAUCAUGAGACUGAACAACAGGAUCAAGGCUCUGGAGCUGAACAUGUCUCUGAGCAGCAGGUACCUGGAGGAGCUUAGUCAGAGAUACCGUAAGCAGAUGGACGAGAUGCAGAAGGCCUUCAACAAAACCAUUUCCAAACUCACCAACAACUCCAGAAAGGCUGAAGAGAGGGAUAUUCGUCAGCAGGAAAUCAUUGCAAACCUGGCAGCCAGCAUUACCAACCUGACAGCAGACAUCCAGAGCCUCAACACUGACAGAGACAACCUACAUAGGAAGGUUAUAGAAAGACACAUUUUCCUGAUGGUAGUGGAGGUGCUGUGCCUGGCUGUGGUGUUCAUGGUCUGUAUCCACACACGACCUGGACACACACCACAGCUCGUCCACAGUCAGGGGGAACAGUUUCAGGAACAUGUACGGGAUAAGAUGGAAGGGCUCAGAUACAGAACUAGGACAGAGGACCUGCCUCCACGGAGAUCAGAUGGUGAAGAGGACAAGCUUGUUAUUGUGGAACCACAGUGUAACAGACAGGUACAGGGCAUAGAUGGCACAAAGAAGAAACGGUCUAAGAAAAAGCAGCGACAUCAGGGUUUAAGGAACACCUCCUCCACACCUAACCUGGCGGAACAGCUGACGGGGCACGAGGAGACAGCAGCUGGCGUGAACGACGUAAACGCUGCAGGACUGCUGUUCAGUUCUAGUACAGCUACGGACAGACAGCCUUUCAGCAGCAGUAGAGACAGUAAGGCUGCCCAGAUGCCACCUGGCACGACAUAUCAGCGCGGCGUCACACACUCAACACUACAGACGACCCAACGGUGUCAGCCACCUUCGGGCCUGACACAGGAAACCACUGAACAUGGUAAAAACUGCCACCAACCAGCCUUGGACAAGGUUUUUUUGUGCUGUGGCAAAACUCGACAUCAGUGCAAUAGCAAAUGAUAAAGAAUUAUUCAGUGCGCCAAAAUCCAUAGAGAAGUGAAAGUCUUAAAAGGACAAUCAAAUAUUGUGUACAUUCUCUUACCAUCUCUUCCUUAACAUCAGAUAUUAAGGCGAUAAAAUGCAUUACCCCAAGCUUCGGCAACCUUGUGCAAGUUUGAAGGACUACAUGUGUACGUUGUGCCCUACCAACAAAGAGUUAAGCUGGAAGGUUACUUGCCAAGCUUGUUUUUAUAUGCAAAGAAGCAACCAACACUCCCAAAUGUAAGAGUCCUCAAUCAGUAAAUUUUUAAUGUACCAAAAUUAGAAGGCUGCCAGUAUGAUGAAAGAUGAAAAGUACUGAUUUUGGACCUUGGUUGCUAACUGAGCAACCUUACUGUUACACUUGUAUGACAUGUUGAAUGAACAGCAUUUAUUUUUAUUUGGACAAAUAAGGCAGAUUUACAUGAUUGUAUCAGCUUUGGUAAUCUGUCUGAUGCUUUGGUCAACAUUGUGCUGGUGCUCAUUGAGGGUGCAGCCCUGGUUGACUGGUGUAUACCGCGGGGAUAUCUCUUAGUGUUUUCACGGCCAGAUCACCGUGUCUAUUUGACGCCGGUUCCCAGGUUGAUUUUAACUCCUAGUGGGGCCCAAAUUUAGCCCUGUAGGGCGGCUCACGGGACCAUGUAAGGGUCAUGCUUGAAAAUGCCAAAAACAGCCCUUGAACUGCCCAGCACGGCUCCCUUUCCAAAUUGUGACCUAGUCAUGAACCAUAAAUAGUUUUAUUAAGUUUGUAAAGAAGGGAAUAAUAUACAACACUCAGCCAAGCUCAGGGUGUCAGCAUUCAGGGCACCCACUUGUUUAAACAUUAGAACAUUAAAAAUGUCAUUCCAUAUCUAUAUUCUAUUCACAUACUCCUAAACAUACGUUUGUGUGAAGACAAUUUUCACUGCCAUUCUCAGUCGAAACUUAGAAAUGGUAAGAAUGGAACUCGUGUUUAGAUGGUGUUACAGUUAAUAUAAAUGCAAUGUUACUUGUUAUUGAACAUUAUAUAUCAAUCAGAGAUGUAAGAUGCAUACUUUAUGGGCAAUUCAAUUAAAAAAAACUGAUAUAGAAAGGUAAUGCAAUGGUUUGUCAAUAUUUGAAUGGAUUAAACUGAUUCUACUAUUGCAAA